UAGCAUUAUCGUUGAUGUCAUUCCAUACUUAAGACUUUACACAUUUCACAAUAUUCGCCUCGCUCUUCUCUCCAUUGUUACUGCACCAGAAAGAACACCAUUCGAAGAAUAUACCGGGUUUACAACCUACAGGAUGUUCACCAACACUCGCAUCGCGUCCUCGAAGCUCUACAGUCUGUUCGCAAGGCCGCAGCAGCAGCAGCAAGCACUUCGCGCCAUCACGCCAGUAAGCGUGCAGAGCCGCCGGCUGAACAGUUCCUGGGUCGGAACCAACCAGGACGACCACGCCGUCAACCGCCAGAAGAAGAGGGAUACGACGGAUCCCGAGACAGAUGCCUCGUCGGCCGGGUUGAAGGAUAGAGAAGAGAAGCAUGGGCUGCCGGAUAGCUCGAAGCCGCAGGGGGCCACGGAGCGCGGGGGUCUGAAGCACGAGCGGAAGGCCAAGAGCGAGCAUCCCAAGGCGCCGGAGCCCAUUCUUGGGAUGAAUGAUGAACGAGGCCAGAGAGGUCACUAGGUUCCUAAGGCAAAAAGUCAUUGCAACAUCCUUUUAUGUUUCCAGACGCGCGCUGUUCUUUUCAUAAUUGUAGCAUCAUCUCGGUUUAUAACUUCAUUAUCAUGUUCACUGUACAUAGAUCGAACGGAAAUAUCUACCUGCCGGGUUUGAAAGAGAGGAC